CAGUGCUUUUAAAGCAAUGUCAUCACCAUCAUUCUGCUGGAAGAAAUCUCCAAAGGUGGAAUUUGUUGGGGAGGAAGGAGCAGAUUACGGGGGGCCACAGAGAGAGUUUUUCCGACUCUUGAUGCAGGAUGUGCAACAGUCCGGUGUGUUUGAGGGUCCAUCUAAGGAGCUACUGUUCACCUACAAUCAGGGCCAGGAACAAAAGUACCUAAAGGUUGGAAAAUGCGUUGGCUGGUCGAUCGUCCAUGGGGGACUGGGAUUAAGAGCCCUCGACAAAACACUGUUCGCUUGCAUGUGUGGCCACAACCCAUCCUUUAGAGAUUUCCGUUGGCAAAAUCUUGAUGAAGAUGUACAGAGUAAAAUCAAGAAGAUUCUCAACUGCAAAGAUGAAAAUGAGUUUGCUGCAUUGCUCCAGCCCGAAGUUCUAGGCAACUGGUUAGCUGAGUGUGGCAUAUACAUGUCAAAGAGAGAGGAGAUCCCUAAUAUAAUUGCAUACAUAUGCAAACAUUAUGUGUUCAUGAGAGUUGCAAACAUCAUCAAACAAUUCACUGAUGGAUUGAACUCAUUGGGCAAUUUGUGGGAUGUGGUGAAAGCCAACUAUGCUGCCUUCCUGCCAGUCUUCACCGACAUGUCCUCCCCUCUCACUCGCCAAUCCCUCAAGUCACUCUUCAGUGUCAACUACAGUACAAGGGGCACCAACCGACGAGAGCAGGAAGAGGACACCAUCUUCAGCUGGGAGGUGUUUCUCAAGAUGGUAGAAGACAGUCAAGCAGAUGUUACUUUUGAGGACAUCCUCAUAUUCAUCACCUCAGCAGACAUGAUUCCUCCACUUGGAUUCCAGGAACAGCCAACCAUUGAGUUUUAUGACCAGGAACAAGGCAGGUCACGAAUGCCAUAUGCAUCCACUUGCGCACUGACCUUCUACCUUCCCAGAGGCCUUGAUAGCGAAUAUAAAAUGAAGGAAAUGGUCACUUCAGCCAUAAAAAACAGCUUAGGUUUUGGAAAACCUUAAGUUACUGACAAAUGACAUGUACCUAUGCUUUGAUAUUCAGUUAAUUUUCUUAUCCCAUCACUUUGAUAAUUGCACUUUUGUCUCCCCUGUUCAUAAAACUCUGUUCUAAA